GUCUCUGAGAGGCUGGGGAAACGUUUCUGGAGCCACGCUCUCCAAUCAUGUGAUCAGAUGGGUUAUUUAAAGAGGAAGAAUGUGCCUAGAUUAGCGAGCAGUCUCUCUCCUCAGAGCUGCGGGCGCACAGGGCUCAUCAUGGCUGAGGCGUUCGCAGGCACCUGGCGGCUGGUGGACAGCAGUCAUUUCGACGAAUACAUGAAAGCGAUCGGCGUGGGCUUCGCCACGAGGCAGAUCGCAAACCUGACCAAGCCCACCACCAUCAUCGAGCUGGAGGGCGACACGGUCACCGUGAAGACCCAGAGCACCUUCAAGAGCACAGAGAUCAGCUUCAAGCUCGAGGAGGAGUUUGAGGAGACGACUGCAGAUGACAGACAUGUCAAGUCCCUUGUGACGCUCGAUGGAGGAAAACUUGUCCACGUGCAGAAAUGGGACGGAAAGGAGACGACAUUGGUCCGAGAACUGCAGGAUGGGAAGUUAAUUCUGACUCUCACCAUGGGCACUGUGGUCUGCACUCGCACGUAUGAGAAAGCAACAUAGACCCCGGAUUGCUGCUCGUCUCUUGGUGCUGAACUCGCAGAAUUGCCUCCCCCCCCUUUCUGUAUGUGAUUCAAUAUUGCAGCAUGAAGCCCGUGCAGGGUGAGCCCGUGACUGUGCUUUCUGUGGUUGGUUUGUUUUUUAAUCGUGUAAGAACCCAUGUGGGAAAUAAUAAACCAAAGUCGUUACAGACGGGGCUUUGGCUCGCUCUAGGAAA